UAUUCAACACUGGUUAGUUAACUAUUAACUUUUGCAAUGGAGGAACACGUGGAAGAAGCAACAGGUCAGGUUCGUUUUGUUCCCAGUAAAGAAAGCAAGAAAGGGAAAAAGAGAAAGAGGGAGACAGAUACUAAAGAUCCGCCAUUAUUAAUAAUAGAAGAUGGGGAACCUCUAGACAAAAAGGCCAAGAAAUGGAAGAAUAAGACUCGAGUAUUAAUUCUAUGUGCUCGUGGUGUUACAUACAGAUCUCGUCACUUAAUGAAUGACAUUAAGACGUUGCUCCCUCACUCAAGAUCAGAUAACAAGCUUGAUAGGAAAGAUGACCUUUCAUCUCUUGUUGAAUUGUGUGAAAUGAAGAACUGUACUAAGUGCAUUUUCUUUGAAAUGAGAAAAAGAAAAGAUCUCUACAUGUGGAUUUCUCAUUUACCAAAUGGUCCCUCGGCAAAGUUUCUAGUAGAAAAUGUUCACACGAUGAAUGAAUUGAAAUUAACUGGUAACUGUCUUCUAGGAUCACGUCCACUUCUCUCAUUUGAUCCAUCUUUCACUGGUUCGCCUCACUAUUCACUGUUAAAGGAAUUAUUUAUUAAAAUAUUCAGUACUCCUUACUACCAUCCAAAGAGCAAACCAUUCAUUGAUCACAUGUUUCACUUUGGUCUCCUUGACAAUCAUAUCUGGUUCAGAAACUAUCAGAUUGUUGAUGAUGGCAAGACACUGACAGAGAUUGGCCCUAGAUUCACUCUAAAUUUAAUUAAAAUAUUUUCUGGUAGCUUUGGAGGAGCCACGCUGUAUCAAAACCCACACUAUCAGACACCAAAUGCUUAUCGGAGAACGAUUAAGCUAAUGAUGGCCCAGAAACAAGACAAGAAAGUCAAGCAGAAGAAGAAGAUAUCUACUGCAACAAGGAAAGUCCUGGAUGGACUCAGUAGAGACCCAAUGGAGUCUGUAUUUGAUACACUAAACUAUAAAUAAAGAAA